UUGCGUAUACUAACACAUAAAAAAUACGUACAUGUCUUUGCUUGUUGAAAUGUUAGGAUACACCUUUUUUAAGGGUGAAAAUAUGAGUGGUGCCUAAAAUCAUUCUCCACUGCAGAGGAGGAGACUUAAGUUGCAAUCAGAUUCAGCAAAUAACUGGAAACUGGUAGAACCACCUGAACUUUUAAAAGUCAAGUUUGAAGGCAUUCUGUACUGCAGUUGCUACUAACCUGUGAUCAUGGCUGAGUACAAGGUAGAAGUAACGACCGGUGGAAGGGAAUGCGCUGGAACCUUUGACCACAUACUCGUCACCUUGAUCGGCAGUAAAGAACAGAGUGAGAAAACAGACUUGGAUAACUGGGGCAUUGAUUUUAAGACUGGGACGAGUGACACGUACACCAUUAAAACCAAAGAAUCGCUUGGGGAACUUUUGUUGUUGAAGGUAGAAAAAAACUCGGGGUUUUUCCUGCAUGAUGAUGAGUGGUUUUGCACAAAAAUGUCUGUGACCACGCCAGAAGGAGACACCCUCCUUUUUCCAUGUUACCAAUGGCUUUCCAACGGUGAGGUGGUGGAGCUGAGAGGAGGAAAAGCCAUGAAGGCUUUUGAAGAUGACCGCUCCUUGUGGAUAGAGCACCGCAAAAAUGAGCUGAAAUUCAAAAAGAGCAAUUUCCAGUGGGCCUCGACCAAUGAAAAAAUUCCCCACCACAGCAAUUUUAGUCAAUCAAGCGUCCCUGCUGAAAUCCGCAUGUCAAAGAGCAGAAUUAAGGAAUUUGAAUCGGCCUUAACUUCGGGGGCCUUUGAACUCAAAAUGAAGGGAAUGCUCGGCUCUCAGGAAAGCUGGAAAGCAGUUGAAGACAUACCAACAAUGUUCAGCGAGAGAAAAACUGAAAUAUCAGAUUACCUUGCUGAACACUGGAAAGAUGACGAAUUUUAUGGCUCCCAGUUCUUGAAUGGGGUUAACCCCUGUUUGAUCAAACAGUGUUCAGAACUCCCUCCAAAUUUCCCAGUCACCGAGGAUAUGGUAAAGCCAUACUUGGAGGUAGGCAUGCCUCUGCACAAUGAGUUUAAGAGAGGAAAUAUGUUCCUCUAUGACCAAAAGAUCUUGAGUGGAAUACAAGGGAGGCCGUAUAAUGGCGGACAUCUGCAAGUACCUGCUCCUCUCUGUCUGUUGUACCUGAACCCGGAGAAAAAACUGAUACCACUUGCAAUACAGAUACAUCAACAACCCUCGACGGAAAAUCCAAUUUUCCUGCCUAGUGACUCGGAGACUGACUGGCUUCUAGCCAAGAUAUUUGUCAAAAAUGCUGAUAUGAUGACUCACCAGGCCAUCUCUCACCUUAAGAACACCCACUUUGUCUCUGAGCCCUGGGCUGUGAGCCUUGUUCGCAACUUCCCACUAAUUCAUCCUAUUUACAAGUUGCUGAUCCCUCACUUCAGGUGGAUUCUACAUGUCAAUGCUCAGGCCCGUGAAGUUUUGCUGGGACCAUCUGGGUCGUUUGCAAUGAGUUCAAUGGGAGUUGAAGGCACGAUGGAGCUAAUGAUGCGAACGCAAGAUGAGCUCACAUACAGCUCCCUCUGUAUACCGGAUGACAUUCGCAGUCGAGGACUCGAGUCCAUUCCCAACUUCUACUACAGAGAUGAUGGCCUUAAACUCUGGGACAUCAUCCACAGAUUUGUGAAAGCCGUAGUAGGACACUUCUAUCCCUCAGACAGCGAGGUUGUCAAAGACUCCGAGCUCCAAGGAUGGAUUCAAGAGAUAUUCACUCGUUGCUUCUUAGGAAAAACUUCCUCGGGAUGUCCACAGACCUUCCAAACCGUUGAGGAAGUAGUCAAGUUUAUCACCAUGGUGAUCUUCACCGUUUCAGCUCAGCAUGCAGCGGUCAACAAUGGACAGUUUGACUACGAAAUGUUCACCCCCAACGGAUCCUUGUUGUUGCGCAAGCCAUCUCCAACUACUAAAGGACAGUCUACUAAGGAGACCUUUUUGGAGACGCUCCCAAACAUUGGCGAGACAGCGAGGACCGCAAGCAUUCUAUAUGUGCUCACGCUCAACUACUCCGAUUCUGUGCCUUUGGGUUCAUAUCCUGAGGAAAGAUUCCAAGAGCGUGAAGUCAAGCAGAUGAUGAAGGAGUUCCAAGCAGAGUUGUCAAGUCUUAGUGAAUCCAUCAAGGCCAGAAAUGCAAAGCUUGUAGUGCCGUACACAUAUUUGGAUCCGAGUCAAUUGGACAACAGUAUUAUUAAGUAAGAAGGGAAUUCCUUUUGGAUGACAGAAAUACUUGUCCUGCAUACAGGCAAUUGUUUAAAACUGAGUUAUUUGGGUGUUAUGGUAGUCAGUAAACCUAUAGCGAUAUAUCAACUAAACGUUUGUUGCAUAGUUUUUGUCAAUUCUUUCAGCACUUAAAGUUGAUGUAGCAUGAUUUUUCUCCUACUUUUGUGUUUCACCACAAAAUUGGGCAUUUUACAAAACAGUUGAACCCUAAUAUUGUUAAUCUUACUUUUUUGUAAUUAUUUUUUGCCAUGAAAAUAGACAUCACACUGGACAAAAUCUGCCAAAGUAUUGAUUGUGGUGCUCAGCACUUAAAGUUGAUGUAGCAUGAUUUGUUUCCUACUUUUGUGUUUUCACCACAAAAUUGGACAUUUUACAAAACGCUUGAACCCUAAUGUUGUUAAUCUUUCUUUGUAAAUAUUUUUGGCCAUGAAACUAGACAUGCUCUUCCUUAAUCUGAAACACUGGACAAAAUCUGCCAUUUUUUGCACUUUUUCUGUCCUUUAUCGUAAAUGUUUCAAAGUACUGAUUGUGGUGCUAAAAUAUGUGAAUAAA